AUGAUUUUCUUUCUGUUUCACACACACAAACCAACUAAUUAUAAUUUCUUUGCAUUAAUAACAACAGUUAACCCCGAGAUUUUAGAGGUUAAGACACAAUCAGAUUUGAUAAAAAAUUGUUUGAAAAAAUCUAGUGGUGUGGGAGUAUUAUGUGUAUUUACCAUUCUACCAUUGGAAUCUGAAUUUCCCGAGUCUGUAACUGAACACCAAUCGAAUGUCAACAUAUUGAAAAAAGUUAAAGAAUCAUUGCACGUUGGAUCAUCGUUAAAAAAUAAAUUUGACUUGAGUUUCUUGUGGCUAAAUUCGUUGAAUAAAGGAGCUCAGAAAUUAAUUAAAGAUUUCAAAUUGUCUGACGUUUAUCCAACAUUAAUGAUAUUAAAUCCAAACAAAAAUAUUUACGCUCCUUACUUAGGACCAUUUGAAGUGGAAAGUAUUCAAGAUUUUAUUAAAGAAGUUGCCAUGGGAUUUCAUAAAAAGGUUUACGAGGUUAAAUUUGAUGUUUCAAUGACAGAAGGAAAUGAUAAAAAAAAAUUUCGUUAUCAAACAGUACUUUCGAGUUUGCUUCAACAAAAAAGACGUCUAGUUUUUUUCAAUGUACAUAAUAGUAGUAAUAAUGCGACAAAAGCUGCGAUUGUAACUUAUCGUUUCUCAAGUUCUAGUAGCAUUAAAUAUAAACCAUAUACAGCAGAAGUUGUUCAACCAGAUAAUGAAGAUAUUCCUCCUCACUUUUCAGAUGCCACUGAUAAUAAAUCUGAUGGUACAUCUUUUCCAUCUUUACCAGAAUUUUCAUCGGAUAAUAAUAAAGAUGCAAAGUCGGAAGAAUUAACAGGACCAGUCAAAGAUCUUUCAAAUGAUGUUGCUGAGGGUGGUCAGGAUUGGUCCAAAUCAUACUAUGGCUUGUCAUCUCAACCUUUUACAAAAGAUGCUAAUGAUAUCUUGUUAGCUCCAAUUGAUCCAAACGAUAUUGAAUGUAAACCUGAUGGUAUAAUUUAUUUACCAGAAAUUAAGUAUCGUCGUAUCUUGAAUAAAGCAUUUGGGCCAGGAGGUUGGGGAUUGGCACCAAGAGGUGAUAAUUCAGUUAGUCCUAAAACAAUCUCUCGUGAAUAUGCUUUAGUAUGUCAUGGAAGACUUGUUUCGGUUGCUCGUGGCGAACGUGAAUAUUUUGAUCCUUCAAAUUUAGCUACAGCAGCUGAAGGUGCCAAAAGUAACGCAUUAAUGAGAUGUUGUAAAGAUCUGGGAGUUGCUUCAGAAUUAUGGGAUCCGAUUUAUAUUCGUGAAUUUAAACGUAAGUAUUGCGAAGAUGUGAAUGUAGAACAUGCUUUAACAAAAAAGAGAAGAAAACAUUGGAUGAAAAAAGGUGGACGUGUAGAAUAUCCGUUUAGAAUUGUCAAUUAA